GGGGGGGGGGGGGCUGCAGCGAAGGACAUCUCCUAUUUCCCUGGCCCAACGCCCCCCCUCGAUCGUGCGUUGGUUUUUGACCCAAGGCUACAGAGUACUCCUUACUAGGGCUUUCUUUUCAAGUUGUUCAAACCCUCCUUUAACCUAGUCAGCGUGAGAAAAGCCGUGUCGAGAAGCCCCCGCGCGCCCAUCCUUUUUACCCCUCACCUCACUCCAUUUUGAGGUGAAACUUGCUCCCCAAACGCCAUCGCCGUUGCAAGCACAUCUGCAGCAAAGAGGGGGGGGGGAAAAAGGUUUAUCAGAGUGCAGCAUCACAAUGAGCCGCCAGGCGAUCCCUAACGGAGAGCUGUUUCUCAACAGCGGGGCUGCCGAACAGCAGCAGCCCGAGUCGCCUACUAUUGUCGAACCGCUGCGUAUCGCCAAACGAGAUCCAGCGUCGCCGCCGAGUCCUCCGCGUCUUCCAUACCCUGAUGACCGACAGGCGUCGUCUACCUCGCCGUCGGCUGCGUUGCAGACUGCCAGACCGCCGGUGAUCACAACCCUCGCCGAACGGAGGGGAGGGAACGCGCCCAAGCCGCUACCAGAAUCUAGUCCAGAACAACAGCAGCAGCAGCAGCAGCAGCAGUACCAACAACAGUACCAACGACAGUACCAGCAACAACAUUACUGGCCACCUCCUCAAGCAGCUUCGAAUCAGGGGACCGGCUCGAUCAGUCGUCUCAGCUCCACUGCGUCGACCUCAACUACCCGGGCUCAGCGCGGGUCUCCGCCCCCGCCUGAGACUCCUGUCGCGGGUCCUGACCAGCAGCCGGGUUCGGAUAUUGAGGCGCGGUAUGCUGCGGCGGGUAUCGCGGGAACUUCGACCCUGCAGAACCUGCAGGCUCCAAGCGCCGCAGCGCAGCGUCGAGCGGAACCAUAUGCUGGGCAGGCAGCAGUACGGAGAGCUCAGCAGCAGCAGCCGGUGGCCCGGCCGUGGACCCCGACUGAACAGCCGGGUACACAGCCACAUGGCCCUCCGACAGUCUAUCAGGGCCCGAAUGUGGUUCAGUCCGGUGGUCAAGCCCCUGGUGGGCAGGCUACUGCUUCUCUCGUUACUGCCCCUGCUGCUGCUACUGCGGCUGCUAUCGCGGCUGCUUCUGCCGCUCCCACCUCUCAACCCCAGACAAGGAUUCCCCAGAAUGCACUCGAGCAGGAUUUCGAACGCAUGCGUGUCAGUUCGUCUCCUCCUCCGGCAUACUCGACUGUGCCAGGAGCUUCCGUCUCGCAGGGGUAUACCAAUGAAAAGCGACAUCCGGCCGUAGCGGGGGGCGUGUUGCAGCAGCAACAAAGCUCAAUCCCGGGACCACAUCCCACAGAGGCCAUUGGGAUGGCGGCGGCUGCGCCAAAUCCCGCUCCCGCCAGCACUACUGCUGCUGUUCCCUCCGCUGAUGCUGCUGCCACAGCGGCUGCUCAGGGGCAUCCUGCGUUUGCGAAUGAUCCCCGAGAUCAACAACAGCCCGGAAAUCCCUCCACGGCUGGUGGGUACCAGCAGAACGAGCAGCAGGCGUAUCAACAACAGGCUGCAGUGAAUGUGAAUAACAGCAACAAUCGAACCUCGCCCUCUUCUACCACGCCAACUAAUGGCAUCCCCCCAGCCUCUCCGCCUCCGCUUCCCGAAGGAUGGAUCGCCCACCUUGAUCAGACCUCGGGUCAGUAUUACUACAUACAUCUUCCGACGCAAUCAACCCAGUGGGAGUUCCCCAAAGGCCCUACCCCGCUAAACUUGAACGACACCCCGGUGUCGCCGGGCGGGAGCGUCUUCAGUGCCCACCCGCUCACGUCUCCGGGGUUGUCCUCCGCGUUUGGAAACCCGCUCGCCUCGCCCGGCAUCCCCAUGACCCCCGGUUAUGAAAGCCUUCAAUCCCCCUCUCUGGCUUCUGCGUUUAGUGGGCCCCCGCCCAGCAGUGGCGUUGAUCUCUACAAGGUAGUGCCCACGAAUGGCGUCUACUUUGGACCAUACCUGCGGUAUACCAAUAUGGAUCUGGAGCGAGGGAUCUGGCUGGGCUCCAUCCUCCUCGUUACAGACGCCGGUCAACCGCCCACAAUCCAUAUCCACCAGAGUGCCGACCUGUCUCCGAACCCGCGCCAGCUCAAAGCCAUGAGGAUUGCCAUGCAUCAGCGCUGGACUUUUUACAAGUACGAGAUCGACCUGCGCAUGGAGGAGUCCGGUCCCGCCAAGUGGACGUACGCCAUCACUUCGCACCUGGGUUGCACGCGCUACGAGUUCCUCGUUGCCGGCCGACACGAAACCAGCUGGCGGUUCACGGCGAUCUCGGGCAACGAUUUCGGUCUCAAUGCGAAUGCUACUGAACGGGCGCGGCUCGGCGGUGUCGGCUUCAUGUGGAAGGACAUCAUCCAGAAACAUGGCGAGAUCGGCGGGUUCCACGCACAGCUCAGUCUAGGCGGCUUGAUCUAUGCGGACCGCAUGUGGAAGGAGAUCCCGUCGCUGAAGCAGUGGCUUGCCACGCGCGGAAAGGAUGCCAGGAGGAAUACGCCUUGGACGGCGGUGCACGAGGAGGAUGUCUCCCAUGCCUAUUUCCAUUACUACACCAGUCACUUUGAUCAGCCGUAUCUACGAGAGUGCUUUGCACAGAUUCCGUACAUCUGCCAGGUUGACGAUCAUGACAUCUUCGAUGGGUUCGGAUCAUACCCUGAACAUAUGCAAUUCUCCAACAUGUUCAAGAACAUUGGCCGGAUUGGAAUCGAAAUGUACCUGCUCUUUCAGCAUCACACGACCCUCGAUAUCCUCCGCGGCGUUAGCUCGGAUGUCGACCUCUUCACCAUCACGGGCACCGGGUGGCAUUUUGUCAAGUACUUGGGUCCGGCCGUGGCGGUCGUCGGCCUCGACUGUCGAUCUGAGCGGAACCAACACCAGGUCCUCGCCGGGCCAACUUACCAAGGGCUUUUCCCCAAGAUCGCGAUGCUGCCGCGGUCGGUGCAACACUGUAUGCUGAUGAUCUCGAUGCCCCUUAUCUACCCGCGCCUGGAUUCUGCUCAACAGCUGGCGAACACUGUCGCAACGGGCAAGAGAGCCGUCACCGGGGCGUAUAAUGUUCUUGGAAAGGUGACUAGCUCUGUGGCUGGAGUCGUGGGCGCGAAAGACAUGGUUGGGUCCGGGUUUGACUCCGUCAAGCGUGCUGUCGGCAAGUCGGGGCUCAUGGGUGGAAUCUUGAAUCCGUUUGGGGAAUUGGAUCUGUUAGAUGAGUUGCGAGACCAGUGGACGCAUGAAUCAAAGGACCUCGAACGGACGUACCUCAUUCGGACUCUCCAGGGAAUCGCUCAUCAACGAUCUAUCCGGAUGACCUUCCUGUCUGGCGCCGUCAACGUCUGCGGCGCCGGUUUGGUACAUGAUCCGACCCAUCCCUCGGACCACAAAACCAUGUACCAGCUGAUCUCAUCGGCGGUGGUGAACACGCCGCCGCCUGGGUACAUCAUUAAGCUGCUCCAUAGCCACAAUAAACCGCUGUACGUCCCCGCCAACGGCCAACGGUCGAACUCGUCCAAACCUUCGGACACGAAGGAGGACAUGAUGGAAAUUUUCCAGACGGAUGUCACGGGCCAGCCGCGCGAUCACCGCAAGCUCAUGGGUCGCCGCAACUACAUCGCCAUCGUCGCAUACGACCCGGACGUCGUCACCGGGACGUACGGCCAGCCUGACAUGGCUCCCGGCGCUGGCAAACUCAGCCUGGCCGUGGAUUUCAUGGUGCAGGGCGAAGGCGCGUACGGCAAUGUGGUCAAGUAUGGGCCUGUUAUCGUUCCGGCAUUGGCUCAGGGAAAGUAAUUGCGAUGCUUCAAAGUUUUUGAUAAAGUUGCUCUAGUUGUUUCCGAGCGAGAGGCGGUCCAGCUGGCCUGGUCUUAUUUAUGCAUCUGUAUCCCUCGUAUCACACUUUUAUUUUAGAUUGAGUAUUAGUAUAUAGUAUGAUCUUUAGCAUAGCAGGCUUUUCACUACAUAAUUAUAUCAUUAC